UGGACGUGACUCAAGGUAUAUCUCAAGCCAGCAAGUCCAUUGAGCAACCCUGAUUUGAAAACAACCGUCGAAAAUGGCCUCAGCACGUCUUUUCGUUCUCCUCAUCAUCGGCACUGUCUUGCUCUGCCAGGUUUCAGGGUUCUUGGAGGAGAUGCUCGCCGAACAUGAAUUGCCUUCCUAUAUGAAGAGAGGAUGUUUCAACAGAUACGGCUCUUCUAUCUGUGGAAAGGUCAUCACGGCUAGUGACUGUGUGAGGAAAGCCUCUUCUCGCAUGGGAUCUUUUGCCCGAUCUAAGUGCAAGGCUCUCUGUGGACUUUGCUAAGUCAAAAGGAUUACUUACCUGUGAUGUUAACUAACAAGGCCGAUUGGAUCGGACACGGAUUGAUUAACUUGAUCAUUAUAUGAAUAGACAAGACAAUAAACUAAUAAAACCGCAUUAUUAAAUCAUCAAA